CAGGUUGUCCAAAUUGCGUAAAAACGCUGCGUAAAAAAAAAGAGCCAAACACUCAUGAAACACUCCAGCUCGCCGCAACUCCACCGUUGAGCCGCUUCUAGGGGCAGAAGGAAAAGGACGCCUCCUGGAUUUGCAGCAGGAAAAAGAUCCAAAAGAAUUGGACGCGUUGCGGUGGCGCUGCGUAGCGAUAUAACCAGAAAACGGGCACCAAACGGAGCGGGACAAACUUGAUCUCCCUCUCUCUCUCCGAAUUUGUUUUACCUGGAAGCUUUUAAACUACUCUUGUCAGCGACAAGUGGAGAUAUGUUCAAGAAAACCAAGAGUAAAGUGCUGGUGGAUUAUGCGUCAGAGGAAGACGACAUGUCCUGGCACUAUCAUCACUCCUAUAAGGACAAAGACAUGGGAGAGGAAGAGGAGGAGGAAGUCGUCACUCCGGUAGCCAAGGAAGCAAAGGUGAAGAAAAUGAUAUCCAAAAAGGAGAGGAAGGAGAAGAAGAUGCUGUCCUCCAAGGAUGAUGAGCACUUGUUGUUGUCCGGAGUGAAGGCGCCAGAGCGCAAAGUGUCUAACAAAAAGGUCAAGGAAGGCGAGAAGGAGAAGAAGGACAAGCCGGAAAAGGGACACUGUUUCUGGGACAGUGUCACGAUGACAAUGAGGCAAAUCUCCCCUGCCAAAAAACUGGAGAAGAUGGAGGGCUGGGAGCCACCACAGUUGGGGAUCGUUACUGAAGCUACGACCGAUGAAGCGCUCGUCGAGAACGGUCAGAACGGGGAGUCGGCGCUGUCCCUUCCUCCCGACUCCAUAAGCAUUCCCUUGGAAAUUCCUUCGUGGGGCGGGCAGGGGUUUGAGGAGGACUCCUCUCGCUAUGCCAACCUGACAGACUCCAACGAUCCAGCGGCGGCGGUGAGGUGGACGGCCCGCGCCAAAGUCAAGCUGGCGGGCAUCAGCAGAAUGAGCAGAGGGAUCGUGUCAGAGAGCCCAUGGGCAAGCUUUAAACAGUAGACGCCGAUGCGAAUCAAAUUUCUGCCUCCUCCUUGUCGAGCUCCAGAAAGAAAAACCUAACGCUAUAGACUGUCACACAAGAAAAAAAAUAACAAGGCAGUGCCUUAAAGUGCUAUUCCAGUAAUGGCCAGUAGAUGGCAGGAUUUCUUUUCUCCUACUGACUUCUGUUGAGGCAUGUAUCACAACACAACUUUUUCUUUUUUUUAAAUUUUGUUCAAGAAUGUAUCUGAUGAAAGUUAUGUGCAAAAUUUGAAGUAAGUUUUUUUUUUUAAAGAGUUAAAAGAAACCAAGCAGAAGGCAUGUAAGAAUGUAUUAAAAAGAUUUUUGGAGAGCUAUAGUAUUAUGCAGCAACUGGGAAUCAGCGUCUGCAGCUCUAGAUAGCAAGUCAUCAUAUAUACAUGGUACUGUCUUUCUGCUGUAGAUGGCUGCAAAGGCUUUUUUUUGUAUCAGAAAAUGUCUUAUCCGCUUGGGGACACAAUAGAAAGCCAGAAUGUGAUUUAUUUCUGGUUCUCACUUUCAUAAUGUUGUUUGUAAAAUGUGAUACUUGUCCUUUAACUUCUUCCCCAAAUUUUACUACAAGAUAUUUUGGUUUUCAUUACCUUUAUUCGUCCAUUUUUGAGCAGUGUGCUGGUAGUCUUCAAGUACAAGAUGGUUGCAGCAAAAAAAAAAAAAAGAAGAAAACAACAACCUCAAACUAGGGCUCCAGUGUAGCAAUUUCUGAACAAUCUGUAGUUAAUGUCAUCAUAUUACGAAGUAAGUAAUCCUUGAAUAUUGAAUAACAGAGUUUUUAGAUUUGAAGGAAAUGUAAAUCAUUUGUAAUGUGCGCUUUUUUUUUUAAAAGGACCUUUUAUGUGGAUCAAAUGCUAAAUCUGUUAAAAGCCUUAAACUACUGUAAAAUUUCCAUUGUAAUUUCUUGAAUGUGCGGUGUUUGCCCAAAGGCGAGAAGAGUGUAAAUGUCUUCCUUUGAUGGGCGACAAUCAAAUAUUAUGCAAACUUGUUAUACUACUGAAUGUUUAUGCAGCUAGGUUUCACUCCCUUUCUCUACAGAUGCAGCGCCCAGACACUGUCUGAAGCCUAAACCUAAAAAGCUCAGAAAUGGGUUGUGCAAUCAGGAAAAAACAACAACAAAAAAAACAUCCUUUUAAACAAAAGUGUGUGUCUUUUGCAAACCAAUAAUGUUUCCUAGUGUGAAAGUAUUAGAAGAAAAGCUCAUGCCACUGGUGAGUUAUGCAGGGAAACUUGACAGCAUGGAAGUGUUCAAUUUGAUUUUUGUAUUUUCCAGAUCUGGAUAAAUAUGAAAAAAAAAAAGAAAAUAAGAGUGGGGAAAAUUUGUAUUUCCAGACGUCUUUUUUCCCCCUUUUCUAGAAGUUGUUAAUCCUUCCUCUCAUUUUUUCUUCCUCAGAUCCUUCAUCCUUUCCUACAUGUCGUCUUUCCUGCCCCUCCUUCCUUUCUUACCCGUCCAGCCUACUUCUAGCCUUCCUUCCUUCAUUCCAUCCUUGUAACCUACUUCCCUUUUGUCCUUUCUUGCGUCUACCUCCAUUGCUUCCUCAGGUCCUUUCCCUCCUUCCGUCCUACUUCUCUACCCAGAUUGUGGGCUUUGUUCUUGUUACACUAAAUAUUCUGUUUUUUUGAAGGCUUUUUACAUGUCUUAAGACGGCCGUAAAUUUAAGUUUGGAGGGUGAUGCUGUUAAAAAUGAUCAUAGCACAUUCUUUCAAUCCUUAAUAAAAAUCAACAGUUAAGUCUUUU